AUGAAGUUCAGUGUCACAGUCUUAAUACUAUUUUCGGUUAACCACGCGCUGUCUGAUCAAUUCCUUCUCAGAUGGGAUCUACUGGGGUACGAUAUACCUCCCCCAGAAGUCACUGAAUGGAGAGCAGGCGUGAUCACGGGUUAUUUUUCGCAAAGAUUGGACCACUUCGAUCCCUCUAACACGAGGAUUUGGUUACAGAGAUAUUUCGUAAGCGACAAGUAUUUUGAUGCCGAGAAAAGGGACGUUAUUUUCCUGAUGAUUUCUGGAGAAGGUCAGGCCUCCGAGGAUUGGUUAAAAGGAGGAUCGUGGAUAAAGAGUGCUAAAAAAUAUGGAGCACUUUUGUUUGUGUUAGAACACAGAUUUUACGGUGUCAGUCAACCUUUUCGGGACUUGAGAACUGAAAACUUAAGGUUCUUAUCAAGUCGACAGGCUUUACAGGACGCUGCCGUUUUUAUUAACGGUAUAAACCAAAAAUACAAUCUCGACAAAGACGCAAUGUGGAUAGCGUUCGGGGGAUCUUACGCCGGGGCAUUGGUAGCUUGGUUGAGGCUAAAAUAUCCACAUCUGGUUCAAGGAGCUGUGUCCGCCAGCGGCCCGAUACAUGCGCAGCUGGAUUUUCACGGUAUGAGCACAGUUUAA